AUGCUCAGCUCGUAUAUUUUUGCAUGGUACGUCAUGGUGGUCAGGCAGCUGGAAGAAUAGGGAAGCUGCUUACAAUCAAGUUUAUAUUGACCCUAUCCCGCAAUGUUCUGUUAGGCCAAUUGUCAGUUCGCUCGGGCCCAUACCAUCAAACGAAUGAGUGGAAACUGUUUGGCAUUUCCAUUCUACGUGGCAUGAUCAGCAUUAUUGCCCUUCCCCAUAUCACAUGGCAUCCUAAUCUUCUAUUCUUGAGCCACAAAUCAAAUAGAUUACCGGGAAGCUAUUCAUGCAAUGUUGUUGAACCCAGUGGAUUACAGUCCGUGCAGGCAUCAAACAUGUCAAUAACUUAUUAUGGAACCUAAGAUUCAGCGGAUACUACUACAGUACAGUAAAAUACUUCCAAUACAAGCUUUUGAUAUACCAUU